AUUACCUCGGUUGGUCAUCUACGGAUUUGGGUUACGGCCGGCCAACACAUGUAAACGUUUCAUUUCGAUAAAAGAGAGGCCACGGAGCAGUUGUGAGACGUUUCMGAARAAAGCUGUAUUUACUAGAGCGUUCACAGAUCACAUCAUCACUGGGAGCUCGGUAAUGCGACUUGGAUGGACGAUGGAAUUCCAUCGUUUGRCAGCAUAUGGGGACAGAUUUGUGACCGCGUUUGGCCGCUGGAUCUGCAUUGGACAUCCCAUGAGAUCAAAGAGCGUUAAUCGAGUUUGAUUGUAACACGAGAUUUUGUUGAAAUACAGAAAUAUAUCGCGGUUAUUAUGUCUAUUCAGGUCAGCCGCUGUGACAGCAAGACAUAUAAAAUCUCUAAACCGGUCCGAAACAGAACCGAAGCGAGGUUCGAAGUGAAGGAAUCCAAGGAGAUUAAUCACAUUAACACCAACACAGCUAUCCAAGUGGAACCAGCGGAAACACAGACUACCAAAACAACAUACAUCAAAACAAGUGAAAAAACUGUUGAACUUAGAAACGCUUCCAGUCAUGUUGCAAGUGCAAGAAUCCAUCAUCGUUCAAAAGGGCAUGUAUCUUCAACAAUUCACUAUGUAGGCAAGCCAAAAAACAGACAAAUUAGCAAGAAUAACAAUGCUCGUUUGGUGUCCUCGAAUACCCUGAUUGGUAACGAGAAAUAUGCGAUGGCGGAUCGCUCUGAAAUACCUGGGAUACCUGAGCACAUAAGAGCUGAUCAGUCGUCACAGAAAUUACAACGCAACGCUAUUCAACUUAUUCCUGCCUCUACAAAACCACCUCAACGUGAAAAAAAUAAUAACAUUCGCGUAAGUUUGUCAUCCAGUGKCCAGAGUGUACGGACAGAGACCGGUUCUAAAAUCAUUGUUAGUAGUCAAGCUACGUGUAAACAGCCUCAGAGACUUCGUGUCAAAGGGCAAUCGGGAUCGAAAAUCCAGCGGAAUGCAGACACAGAACCGAGUGUGAGUCGCAGCGAUGACCAGAGUAAAUCGAAAAGCCGGACUGAACAUGAAAACACCGAACGCGGCGAUCCUUCAUCUCAACCACAACAAACUAAUCAACAUAGUAAACUAGUUGUGCGAACUCAGGGCCAAAAAACACACAAUAUCAGUACUGAAUGCCUGGCUUUAGGAAUGAGUCACUUGGACAAACAAGAGCAGUUUACUCGUCAAACCCACCGCAAGCACUCAACUCAUGGUAGUACAUCUGAAGCAUCAUGUACAUUUACUGACUCGGCUAGCGAUCAGCUUGAAUUGUCAAGCUCUUCGGAUGGUGAGGUUUGUUCGCCUGGUUUAUCAAGACCCAAUGUCAGUAAUACGAAGCGUAGAAAACGUGUCAAACGCAAAGGAUUGUCGAAGUCUUUCGAUUCAUAUGGCGAGGAUAAUACUACUGAUGGAGAGUCUGCGACAGAUACGCGCGUUCACGAACGACGAUCACGUAAAAGGGAAGACGAAAGCUUGCUAAAUUCCUCGACACGGCAAGCUUCGCGCUCAAAACCGUCAUUAUCAGGAACCGCGACAAAUACAAUUAAAGGAGCCCAGUUUAGGUCAAGUAGUUUAACUUCAGUCAGUUCAGGAGAAGGUGGAAAACUCGCCUCUGCUAUUUCAUCUCCUUUACUGACACCGCGGGGGCCAACUUUAGUCAAGAAAAUACAAAUUCAAUCGUUUUCCUCUUCUUAUACGGGAUUCAAAAAAGAUAACAAGGAAAAUGUUCCGAAGAGAAGAGCUUCCUCAGAAGAACGCUUCUCCGCCAGGRUGAGAGAGAGAUCAUUGGUGCCAGAUCAUCCGAGAUCUUCAAAGAAUAAUUUAGAGCGAAAGGAUAAUGGCACGGCUACUCCACUGUCUAAAGGACGACCCUUCUCUUUGAGAACCAAACCAUUUCAACUAAAGAGGACUUCUUCCAGGGAAAGUCCUUGCACUAGUGAAACGGAGAGUGGGACCCCAUACUCUCCAAGAACAAACAGUGACAACGAUUCAUUCGUUAUUCCAGUAGAAAAACCAAGUAAUAAUAAUAAUAAUACACCCUCAGAACCAUCUUCAUUACCCGGUAAUAAUUUAUCGUCUGAUAUACCAUUCCCAAGUUUAGAUGAUGAACUUUUUAGUAAAGACUYGAAUGUAUCUAAUCAAGAAAGUAAAAUGGAAGAUUUACCAGUAUUUAAAAGUGAUAUUGAAGGUACACCAGUGACAUUAAUGGAAACAAUAAGGACUAGUAUGAUCACUGAUGCUGCAUCAACUCCGUCCAGUCAGUGGAUGGAUCAGAAUUACACAACUUAUGAUGAUGAUAACACAUUCAGCCCCUACGGGUAUAAAUCAUUAUCAAUCGUCAAUGARUCUGAUGAAAUUGACUUCACUCAACCACAAAGUAGUUCUGAGCAACUGCAUAGUACUAGAAGUACCAAAACAAACAAUAACACAAAUAAGACUUUUACAUCAACAUCWGAUAGAUGGAACUUGUCUACACUAGAYGCUGAAAAUGARAGUAGCAAAAGAAGCAAUGGUUUUGACCCUCCGCCUGCUUCACCUGUCCGUAGGCCAUCUUACAUCAAGGCUCAGCAAAACUUUGAUGAUUUUACUCAAUCUUUGUUUCACUCAUUUGAUGAUCAAUCAAUGAAGCCGCCAUUGAUGGAGACGACAUUAAGUAGCGCAGAAGACGAUGARUUUACAGAGGAAUAUGAUCCUAAAGAAGUGCUGAGAUCAUUCAGUGGGUCAAACAUUGCUGCGGCUGAUGCUCUAGCUGCUGCUCAAUCUGGUGGUGACCUAAUAACAUUUGACGAAGAGGUAUCCUCUAUGGACGCCACUGGUGAACCAGUGGUCAAAAAGAGGAAAAAGAAAAUUGCACGGCCCAAGAUACCUACAAUAUUCAAUGUUGAGGGCAAAGAGAUUGCUGAAGGAUUGAGUGAGGAAGAGGAUAAGSMAUAUGCUGCAAGCUGUACCAUGAGGCAAGAAACAUUGGGACAAGACUCAAUGGAUGAGAAAUUUGACACAAUCAGCCUGUCAAAGGAAGAUUUUGAUAUGAAUGAAGGCUCCAAAAGAAACACYYUGGUAGCAAUCGACAGUGAUGAAGGUAGCACGCCCAAAAACCGACACUCUCCCGAACCCGACAGCUAUCCGAACAAAGAAAUGAGAACCAGCCAACAAGAUGAAAAUAAGAACUUUGCAGUUCCCGAGAUAACCACAGACUUGUACAUUGAUAAUGAUGAAGCAAUCAUCAGCGAUGACAUCCCUCUUCAAAAAGUGGAUACGAUAUUUGAUACCAGCGAAGACGAUUCGGCUUCACGUAGUGAAGGAGAUUCKUCCAGUACCAGCCAAGUGAACUUGGAUCAAUAUUCUAUGACCACGAGCGGGUUUAGCGAGAUCGGUGGUGAGUUGACAGACAGUGGUGAAAUCCCCACCCAGGAGAAAAACAGACUGGGACCAGGUAAAAACGAUGCGUGGAGAUCUCAAAGCGACCCAAGUGGCAGRACGAAUGGUGCAGGAGCGCCUCUAAGUGAAACCAUUGCBGAAGCGGCAGAACUGACCCAUUACCGAACCAGUAACAGCACCCCGAAUCUAAUCACAGAGAAAAUCAAGAAAGAAGAAGCCUUGUUAGCCAAACGCCUUGAAAGGCCGACAGUUUCGAGAACUAAGUCUAGUCCUUCUUCUUUACCCAAACAAACUAUGGCRGAUAUCGAAAAAGCUCGUAAUAACACGGGUAGCAAAGACGAUUCUCAUGCGAAACUCACCACAGACUCUAUGUACCAAAUGGAUUUGUUAAAAUCAUCCCUGAAGACUCACUCGGCACCCACCACGCCCACCCAACCAAGAAAACAACUGUUCCCCGGCACGUUAACGGCCGAAAAAGCACAAAUGAAACUAGCUAAGCUAGCCGUAGCUGCAAUGGAACCCAUUUAUGAAACCCCCCUGACUGAAGUGGUGCGGCCCCUCCCUGAACCCGUCAAGCUCGAGAGAAAGGUCGGUACUAGCCCAAUCCCUGUGAUUGAAGAGAGCGAGAGACCUCCCGCCACAGGAUURCAAGACAGCCAACCAGUGAUGGAUAAACUACAGCCAAAGGCUAAGUCGAAACAUGACAUCAAGCGACAUGUUGUCCAAAACCUACUAGAAACAGAGCAAUCGUACGUCCAGAAUCUCCAGUAUAUUAUCUCUGCMUAUUAUAAACCACUGAAAAAACCCGAGAACGCCCACAUCGCAGACCCCGCACAAGUAGACGAGAUGUUCUACCAAAUAUCGGACAUAUUGCUAUGUCACGAAUUCUUCUUGGAACAGCUGGAGGCGAGAGUUAACGACUGGCAUGACAAGCAGAAGAUAGGAGACAUAUUAGUGGCAUCGUUUACCAAGUGUUUUCUAAUGGAUGCGUACAGUGCGUUUAUCAGCCAUUUUCUCCAUGCAAGAGCAGCAGUCAGAAUAGCGACUGUAUCACGACCAGCCUUUCAACGGUUUAUUGAGCAAUGCUGUAGAGACCACAGAGAGAAGUAUACAUUACAAGAUUUGAUGAUCAUUCCUGUGCAGAGAAUCCCACGUUAUGUGCUGAUUCUGAAGGAUAUGAUUAAGCACACAAGUCAAGAUCACCCUGAUUACGGUAAUCURCUGCUGGCCCUGGGAGAAAUCAAGACGCUGGCAGAUCGUAUGAACAGAGGCGAGAAGGAAGUUAAUGAAGCUGAAAUAGAAGCUGAUCGCUUGAGAGAUAUCGAGGCAUCCAUAGAGGGAAUAACAGAGCUUGUACUUCCUAACAGACGAUUCCUCAGGAAGGAUUUGGCUGCUGAAGUUAGAGGAUCCAUCACCAAGAAAGAUCGGUGCUUGUUUUUAUUUACUGAUCUACUCGUCUGUGCWUCCGUGAAACGAAAACCAAACGCGUUAAGACGUGGCUCUCUUAGUUUAUUUUCUGGUCAGUCAGGAAGCGAGUUUAACAAGCAUAAACUACUGUGGAAGAUGUCGCUGGAGCAUGUGGAGCUUGUCAAAUCUUCUCCAGAAAUGCAGCGACGGAACAGUUUAGAAAAACAACUCGAGAAACUAGAAAACGACAUGUCAGUAUUAAGUCAAAUUAGUUCACUUACAGACUCGCUUAACGUAGGCCAUCAGACAUUAGAUUCUUCAAUACGCGAAAUGAUGAACGAAGUCAGCCGUCAAAUCGCUGAGAAACAAAUCCCAAUGCAUCCAUCAUUGAACACUAAAGUAGAACUACAAGCACAAACAGAAGAUGGACUAGAAAACUUUGUCUUUUUGUUUCUGGACGUCGAAAUCAAAAACACGUGGGAGGCGUACUUCGAGAAUGCAAAACAAAAACUUGCUUACGCCAAGGAUACCUUCCCACCGGAGUUUCAAUAUCCAAUACCUAUUACCAAGACACGAAGCGGAAUGCAGUUCACGUGUUCAUCACCAAGUCAAGUACCCCAUAUGUUGGACAGGGGUAACCACUGUGGAUCRGGCGAUGUUUGGGUUUGUAAUAGUGAUGGUUAUGUUGGACAAGUUUGYAUUCUAUCGAUGGGAGAGCAGAUUCAGCCCGUUGCCUCGCUGUCUGUUUGUUCGUCACGAAUCCUGUGUAUAUCUCCAGUACCUGGAAAUAAGUUAGUUGGACUGGAAAGUACAGACCACGACGCUAAAAGCGAAACUCGUUCCCUUGGUAACAAUAGUGAUACRUCAUACAARGUGUCUUCAUCACAGAAACUCUCGCAAGGCUACUCGAGCGACGACGACCGAAAUGCGCAGACGAUUAUGGCGUUUGAYAGCAGCUCAGACGACGAGGACAAUAACGAUGCGUUCGUCGAUAGUAAAUUUGGACGMAAUUCCCCAAUAUUUGAUGGUCGAUUAAGUCCCGAGGGGAGUAGUCUAGGGACAAUUGAUGGUGAAAUGGAUAGUAGUAAUGAUGACGAUUCGGAAAUUGGAGAAAGCGAAGAUGAAGAGAAUAAAAACAAAGCACAUCAAAGACAUAUUAAGAGAAGAGAUAGUGCAUUGACAACCGGCUCGGCAACAAGUGCAGAAGACAAGUUAAGUUUAAGCGAUAUUGUACCAUACGAUACUGAAGAGGGUUCGACGGUAUGGCUUGGYACUGAAGAUGGAAGCAUAUUUGUGUAUCCAGUAAACGAUGCUCACCAGAAGAAAAAUAAAAUGAAAAUACAACACCAGGCAUCUGUACAAUGUGUAUUGUAUGUGGACAACCAGGUAUUUGUGUCGCUAGGAAAUGGAGAUCUUUGUAUCUACAGACGACAACCAGGCUCCGCCUGGGAGGUUGGUGCACCAAUCACGCUUCAAGUCGGUGCUUCAGCACCCGUAUCGUGUAUGACCGCUGUACAUGGUAGACUGUGGUGUGGAUGUCAGUGUAAUGCCAUCAUUUAUAACACYACAACACUGAAGAUAGAGACCCAAUUUAACUGUAGUCUUGAUAAAGACCGGUCGGUUUAUCGAAUGGUUAGUACAGGAAUGGGUGUCUGGUUAUCGUUACAAAGUAGUGCUGUUAUAAGACUUUUCCACGCAACCAGAUACGAGUGUCUGGCCGACGUUGAUGUCGCUCCUCCUGUACAUAAAAUGUUAGCAGGAUCCGAUGCAAUCAUUCGUCAACACAAGGCGGCGUGUCUACGCGUUACGUCGUUACUUACGUGUAAAGAUCUGCUGUGGAUAGGAACCAGUGCUGGCGUCGUCCUCACGUUACCGUUACCUAUUAUAACAGCUUCAACGUCAUCCUUACGGAAUAGUCCCUCGGCGACAGCUUCGUAUCACGGACAUACAGGUCACGUAAGGUUUCUUACGGCCGUMGAAGUCCCUAAAGAGGGCGCUCAAGACGGAACCAGUGACAAGGAGCCUACCACUCCAUUAAAUAAUUCGGCUCCGAACUCRGGGCAUCCACUUACUCCAGGAGGACCCGCAGGGAACAAUAUUGCUAGGGACAUUUUAAUAAUAAGCGGUGGCGAUGGUUAUGAGGACUUUAAGACAAGUUCUACGAGUGAAUCUGCAGGCAGAGAUGACAGUACAAAUCAUUUGUUAAUAUGGAGGGUUUAGACAUAAUUGCUGUAGCACAAAUCGUCAAUGCACGGGUCUACGAGUAGAUAAUUCAUUACAGAUCGUUAGCUAAUGGGUUUAGGAGAUUUCUUAGCACAAAUCUGAUUGGUUAUUAUUACGCGUCUACGAGGAAAUGCCUUGGUAUUAAUGAUUGGUUGACAUGGCGGGUCCAUCUGCUUUCUUUCAGUAAUUAUUGUCUUGCUGGGACGAUAUUCAACGGGAGAAGAUUUUAUCUGGUUAGGAAUAGGUUUUUCUUCCUCUGCUACACACAAAUUUUUAAAAACUACUAGAACUACAUUUCUGUUGGUUUUCACACGCUUUGGUAACUAAUUAUGUUUAUGAUGUCAUAACCCUGAAGAAGACUCUCUAAACGUAUUUACCUAUUGAGCAUGCUCAUAAGUGUUCCCUGAGCAUAUCCCACAUUCCUCAGCUAUAAAAGACUGACUUUGGGUAGCACUACACAGUCUUAUCUAGAAGUAAUUUAGAAUUUUGAGCUGGAUUUUCUGGUACGGCCCCGUUCAUAAAAAAACUUUUGUAUAGCACUAUUCCCAGGUUAUUAAAUUACAAAUCUGUCGCCGCCAUGUUGGGYGACGAGCAAAGUAGAAUAAUGAUGGAUACUCUGUAUUUUCAUCCCACAUGGUAGCUGUAAAUGCAAGUCAACAAUUUCCACAGAAGCUUUGAACGUACGACUYCCCGAGAAAAACGCAAGCWACAACUGACUUGCGUGUUGUACGUGUGUAUCAUCCGUCUAGCUGAAAGCACUAAAGCGAAAAGAAACUAAAAGAACUUUCAAUGUAUAUAUUGUCUAAAAUAGAGAUAUAUGACGAUCAAUUCGUCUUGUGUAUUGUGUAUUUAGUAGGAUAAUGUACUCAAAGUCAAAUAAAUGUUUUUUUAUUCAAAAUA